AUGACCUUCGAUGCUGAUCUACAAAGCAAUUUUCACUUUUCUUGUCGGUCUGUUCAUCUCUCUAUCUCUCCCUCUGUCUCUCUCUCUAUAUCUAUCUAUCUAUCUAUCUAUCUAUCUAUCUAUCUAUCUAUCUCAGUUUAUUCACAUCUGUAUAAUCUAUUUAUUUUUGCAUCUAUCUAUCUAUCUAUCUAUCUAUCUAUCUAUCUAUCUCAGUCUGUUCAUAUCUAUCUAUCUAUCUAUCUAUCUAUCUAUCUAUCUAUCUAUCUAUCUAUCUCAGUUUAUUCACAUCUGUAUAAAUUAUUUCUGUUUGCACCUAUCUAUCUAUCUAUCUAUCUAUCUAUUCAUCUAUCUAUCUAUCUAUCUAUCUAUCUAUCUAUCUAUCUCAGUCUGUUAAUAUCCAUCCAUCUAUCUAUCUAUCUAUCUAUCUAUCUAUCUAUCUAUCUAUCUCAGUUUAUUCACAUCUAUAUAAUCUAUGUCUGUUUGCACCUAUCUAUCUAUCUAUCUAUCUAUCUAUUCAAAUACUUUUCUAUAUCUACAUUAUUCAUAUCAAUGUUUUUACCAGUUGCACCUCCCUUCCAUCGCAAUCUCUCUCGACAUAAUUUCUCCAUCCGCCUUUCUUUUUCUCUUAUUUUUUAUAUCCUAAAUUUUCUUUUCUUUUCUUUUCAUCUAAAUCUUUUCUAUUAUCUAUCUAUUUCUCAGUCUGUUUACAAAAAUUUUUCUAUCUAUAUCUAUCUAUCUAUCUAUCUAUCUAUCUAUCUCAGUCUGCUUAUCUAUCUAUCUAUCUAUUAUCUAUCUAUUCAUCUAUCUAUCUAUCUAUUUAUCUAUCUAUAUUAUCUCAUCUGCUUAUCUAUCUAUUUAUCUAUCUAUCUGUCUUAUCUAUCAUCUAUCUAUCUAUCUAUCUAUCUAUCAUCUAUCUCAGUCUGCUUAUCUAUCUAUAUCUAUCUCAUCUAUCCAUAUCUAUCUAUCUAUCUAUCAUCUAUCUCAGUCUGCUUAUCUAUCUAUCUAUCUCAGUCUCCAUCCAUCUAUCUAUCCAUCUAUCUAUCCAUCUAUCUAUCUAUCUCAUCUAUUUAUCUAUCCAUCUAUAUCUAUCUCAGUCUGCUUAUCUAUCUAUCUAUCUAUCCAUCUGCAUUAUCUAUCAUCUAUCUAUCUAUCUCAUCUAUCCAUCUAUCUAUCUAUCUAUCUCAGUCUCUUAUCCAUUAUCUAUCUAUCUAUCUCAUCUAUAUCUAUCCAUCUAUCUAUCUCAGUCUGCUUAUCCAUCCAUCUCAGUCUGUUUAUCUAUCUAUCUAUCUAUCUCAUCUAUCUAUCUAUCUAUCUCAGUCUAUAUCAUCUAUAUCAUCUAUCUCCAGUCUGUUUAUCUAUCUAUCUAUCUAUCUAUCUAUCUAUCUAUCUAUUUUUUCUAUAUCUAUCUCACACAUUAUUCUCCUUAUAUUUAUUUAUCCUUAUUUUCCUUUCCAUUGUUUCUUUCAUUCAAUUUUUAACAAAUACAUUCAUCUAUCUCCAUUUUCUUUUUUUUUUUCUUACUUCCCUUUUCCAUCUUUCUUUCUUUUUUCUUUCUUUAUCUAUUGUUAUUCAUCUUUCUUUUUCAUAUCCAUUUUCUCUUUCUCUCCAUUUUAUCUCGUUUAUUCACUUUUUUGCAUUGCAGACUUAAUUUGUUUUCUCAUUAUCAUCAUUUAUUGUCGUCCUUUAUCUUUGCUUUUUCGUUUUUUUUUUUUUUUGUGGGUUUAUCUAUCAUAUCCAUUCAUCUAUCUAUCUUUCUAUCUAUCUAUUCUAUCUAUUAUCAUCUAUCUAUCUAUCUAUCUAUCUCUAUCUCUUACACUGUUCAUAUCUAUCUAUCUAUCUAUCUAUCUCUUACACUGUUCAUAUCUAUCUAUCUAUCUAUCUAUCUAUCUAUCUAUCUAUCUAUCUUUUUGCUUUAAUUUCCUAUUUCUAAUUCCUUUGUUUUCCAUUCUCUUUGCCUUCUUCCUCUUCCCUUUAUAUUACUUCUAUUUUCAAUCUAUCUUCAUUUUUCCUCAGUUUCAUUCAUUUCAAACCAUUUCUCUUUUUUUGAUUCAUUUCUUCCAAUUUUCUUUUCAGUCUUUACUUCAUUUUCUCUUUUCAUUUCUCAGUUCUUUGUUUUCUUUUCCUCUUCGUUCCUUUCCCAUCAUCGUGUUAGCAUUUCAUUCUAUAUUUUCUCUUUCUCUUCUGUCUUUCUCCGUUUUCUACACUUAUUAA